AUGGCUUUGGAUGAAGAUGAGGGAAUUCGAAGCUCUAGCGACUCUAUUGACGAAUCUACUCCUCAGCAUGACCUAGAAAAGCAGACUCUGCUUGGUCAUGACAGCACAGAUCUGGGAAUUGCUGACUGGAGUACGGGCACAUCAAAUAACUGGCUCGCAGGCACAAGCAAGAAAAAUGUCGUCAAUUUCCUUUGUGUCUUGCUUAACACGACCUCAACGGUCUGCAUCGUCUUCAUCAACAAAAUCAUUUUUCAAGACCCCCAGUUCCGCAAAUUUCAGGUCGGCACCGCUGCCUGGCAUUUCAUAGCAACAACUGCUUUGCUCUUUCUGGCGUCAUUCAAGCAAUUCGACAUUUUCGCGCCCAUAAGAAUACCGCUGAAAGAAAUAUUGCCGAGUUCAGUACUCUUUGUCGGGUUUCUCAUCCUUGGUAACCUAUCGCUCGCUCUGAACGACGUUUCCUUCUACCAACUUGCUAAGAUCAUGACCACACCAACAGUUGUCGGCCUUAAUUUCAUCCUCUUCCGAAGGCGGAUUUCGAGCGCAUGCCUAUCUACCAUUCUUGUCUCAUGCCUCGGUGUCGCACUGACUAAUGUGGAAAUGGUCACAUCCAAUCCUUUUGGCGCCAUUGUCGCCAUUGCAGCAUUCGUGAUAACAGCGUUCUACCAGAUUUGGAUUGGCAAGAAGGUCGAAGAACUCGAAGUCAGUGCACCACAACUACUCUUCAACCAAGCCCCAGUAUCGACCAUCAUGCUACUGCUUUUGCUGCCCUUCACAGACAAGAUUCCAGAUUUCCGGGUCGUCGAACCAAGCAUAUUGGCAGCUUUCAUUUUCUCGGGUAUUCUGGCCGCAGGUCUGAAUCUAAGUCAGUUCUUGAUUAUCGGACGCACGUCCGCCGUCACUUUCAAUGUUGUUUCCAACGCUAAGAAUGUCAUCAUCAUUGUGCUUGGGUGGUAUAGUGUUGAUCAGGUCCCCUCAUACAUGGACAUUAUGGGCGUUGUUCUAGCCUUGAGUGGGGCUGCGGUAUAUUCUUGGCUGCGAAAAUAG